AUGCCUACGACUGGGAGCUUCCCGCUGGCCAAUCUUGGAGCUCGAAUUACUCCAUCCUCGCGUCCGUUGCGUCGUUGCUCUCGAUCCGUUUGGCCCAAACCCAGAGGUUCCCGUCCUUUCCCGUCGUGGGGAACCCGGGAUGUUGCGUUGAAAGGGAGAAUUGAACAAGGGGAGGAUGAAGAUCAACCAGAUUCGCUAACCUUGAUGGCAGUUGCUGUCGUCCGUGGUGACUCCAAGGUCACUGGCCAUGUCAUCUUCGAGCAGGAGUCCGAGUCCGCUCCCACCAAGAUCACCUGGGACAUCUCUGGCAACGACGCCAACGCCAAGCGUGGCAUGCACAUCCACACUUUCGGUGACAACACCAACGGCUGCACCUCCGCCGGCCCUCACUUCAACCCCCACAACAAGCCUCACGGCGCUCCCUCCGACUCGGACCGCCACGUUGGUGACCUCGGCAACAUCGAGACCGAUGCCAACGGCAACUCCAAGGGCUCCGUCAACGACUCUCACGUCAAGCUGAUUGGCCCCGAGUCCGUCAUCGGCCGUACCGUCGUUGUCCACGCCGGCACCGACGACCUCGGCAAGGGCGACAACGAGGAGUCCCUCAAGACUGGCAACGCUGGUCCCCGUCCCGCUUGCGGUGUCAUUGGUAUCUCCAACUAA